AUGGGGACGCUGCGGGAUUUACAAUAUGCCUUGCAAGAAAAGAUCGAGGAGCUCCGGCAGCGAGAUGCGCUCAUCGACGAGCUGGAACUGGAGCUGGAUCAGAAGGACGAGCUGAUCCAGAAGCUGCAGAACGAGCUGGACAAGUACCGCUCCGUGAUCCGGCCCGCCACCCAACAGGCGCAUCAGCAAAGCUCCGGCACCUUGCAGGGCGAGCAGAGGACCAAGAGGCAGGCCAUUUCCGCCGAGCCCACGGCUUUUGACAUCCAGGACCUCAGCCAUGUCACCCUGCCUUUCUACCCCAAGAGCCCACAGUCAAAGGACCUAAUAAAGGAAGCUAUCCUUGACAAUGACUUCAUGAAGAACCUGGAAUUGUCUCAGAUCCAGGAAAUUGUGGAUUGUAUGUAUCCAGUGGAAUAUGGCAAAGACAGUUGCAUCAUCAAAGAAGGAGAUGUUGGCUCACUGGUAUAUGUCAUGGAAGAUGGAAAGGUUGAAGUUACAAAAGAAGGAGUAAAGCUGUGCACUAUGGGGCCUGGGAAGGUGUUUGGAGAACUGGCUAUCCUAUACAACUGCACUCGGACAGCUACCGUCAAAACUCUCGUAAAUGUGAAACUUUGGGCUAUUGAUCGGCAAUGUUUCCAAACAAUAAUGAUGAGGACUGGCCUUAUCAAGCAUACAGAAUAUAUGGAAUUUUUAAAAAGUGUUCCAACAUUCCAGAGCCUCCCUGAAGAGAUCCUUAGUAAACUUGCUGAUGUUCUUGAAGAGACACACUAUGAAAAUGGAGAGCACAUUAUCAGGCAAGGUGCUCGAGGAGAUACUUUCUUCAUAAUCAGCAAAGGAAAGGUAAAUGUCACUCGUGAAGAUUCACCUGGGGAAGAUCCUAUAUUUCUUCGUACUCUAGGAAAAGGAGAUUGGUUUGGGGAAAAAGCACUCCAGGGGGAAGAUGUCAGAACAGCUAAUGUUAUUAGUGCGGAACCCGUGACGUGUCUGGUCAUCGACAGAGACUCUUUCAAACAUUUGAUUGGAGGCCUGGAUGAUGUUUCCAAUAAAGCAUAUGAGGAUGCUGAAGCAAAAGCAAAAUACGAAGCCGAAGCUGCCUUCUUCGCCAACCUGAAGCUGUCUGACUUCAACAUCAUUGACACUCUUGGAGUUGGAGGUUUUGGCAGAGUUGAACUGGUGCAGUUGAAAAGUGAUGAAUCAAAAACGUUUGCAAUGAAGAUACUAAAGAAACGCCACAUAGUAGACACGAGACAGCAAGAACAUAUACGCUCAGAAAAACAGAUCAUGCAAGGCGCUCACUCAGAUUUUAUUGUGAGGCUAUAUAGGACAUUUAAGGACAGCAAGUAUUUAUAUAUGUUGAUGGAAGCCUGUUUAGGUGGAGAGCUUUGGACAAUUCUCAGGGACAGAGGUUCAUUCGAAGAUUCUACAACCAGAUUUUAUACAGCUUGUGUGGUAGAAGCUUUUGCCUAUUUGCAUUCCAAAGGAAUCAUUUAUAGGGACCUCAAGCCAGAAAACCUCAUCCUAGAUCACCGAGGUUAUGCCAAAUUGCCAUUGGACAACCCAUCAGAAAGAUUAGGUAACUUGAAAAAUGGAGUCAAGGAUAUUCAAAAGCACAAGUGGUUUGAAGGCUUUAACUGGGAAGGUUUAAGAAAAGGUACAUUGACGCCUCCUAUUAUACCAAGUGUUGCAUCUCCAACUGAUACAAGCAAUUUUGAUAGCUUCCCUGAGGACAACGAUGAACCACCACCUGAUGACAACUCAGGAUGGGACAUAGACUUCUAAUGUUUUUCUCUUACCUGCUUCUGCCUUGCUGAAGACAGCUUCCUGAGACAUGGCUGCCAGCAGACCUGAAAGAUUUAGGAAGGAUUCAUGCUCGGGGUCACCAUGAUGCCUUGAUUGAUGCUGCUACAGUAAUUACAGUGGCAUUAGGACUUCUUGUUUAGAUGACAAUAGUGCUCUUCACAUGUUUUCUGUUUGAAUUUAACACAGCAGUUGACAUGGUGGUCCUGAAGCAAAAUAAUUAUUCACCAAUAAUUUACACGUGUUUUCUAUCAUGGUACUGAACAUGCUAUGCCUCCAUUACAAUUUGAACGUUCAUAGAGUAAGAUGCACAUAAUUCUAGCGGUUAAGUUCAUUUUCUUUAUUGCUAAAUAUAUUCCAAGCUGUUUUAAGUACUGUAGCCGAUUCUAGGUUUGUAGAAUCUAUGGUACAGUAACUGGGGUAUUCCCCUCAAACUGCAGGUUGAGUGCAUUGAGCCUCUUAAAGAAGGCCAAUGUGUUAAACUAAGGAGGAAAAAAAUGGAGCUCAUGUCAGAGCAACGCUAUAAUUUGUCUUUCUUUUCAAGCAGUGUACAAGACAAGAAUGAAUGUUACCUUCCUCCAUUUUUAGUUCCGAUACGUUUUUCUUCCCAACUGAUAACAGAAGCACAACUGCUACACUUCCUGUUAAACUGUUAAACAAGUGUGGGUCAGUCAAUCCUCACAUCAUAUGUCUGAGAACUUACUUUUUAUCAUUUCUUUUGUGGAUUACAGAUACAUAAGGGCAUGUGGAAAAAAAUGUUCAUAAAACUAUUCGUUUUAUGUAUAUACCAUAACUAUCUUGUAAAAGAAAAAAGAAGAAUGCUUAUUCAGAGGUCCUAAAAACAAAAUAUUAACCAAGUGUAAAUAUUAGAGCCUUUACAAUUACUCUAAAAUAACAAUCACAUUGAGAGCCCCCUGAAAUUGCAAAAUCCACUGCAUUAUUAUAUAGGUGCUAUGUACAUCUUUCAUCUGUGAAAGAAAACAAACUUCCACACUCAUUUUUCAGGAAAAAAAAAAGAUGUAGCAAGAAAUUUCACUGUCAGUUAGAACUGUAUGAGUGGACGUAUUCCUAUACACACUCAUAUGUGGAUAAUACACACACACACGCGCAUGUUUUUAAUACUACUGUGCUGUACUGCCUUCACUUUGUUUUCUAUUUUUCCAGAUCCCACAAAUAUUUUAUUUAUUUUCCCAAAAGAUAAUUAGUCAAUCUUUUCUUGUAAAAUAUAACUCUUACAGAUCUGUUUACAAACAUGGAACAAUGUAAUUGAAAUGGGAUGCUUCAAUAUGCCCUUCCCUUCAAAAGGAAGAUUAAAUUCACCUUUAAAUAUGUCCUGUUGAAGUCGACAAGUCUUUAAAUGGGUCCAUCUAAAUGAUGAAUUACAUCUACCAGUUAUGAAUCUUUUAAUGGUCAGUGCUAUAGACUAAUUUGUCCGUACUUGUUAUCCGAAUUCAACAUGUUCAGAGGACAGAAAUGUCAAAAAGGCUAUUAUAGAUAACAAUUUUCAAGGCAAUUCCAGCAAAGACUUCCAUGUGUCAGUAUGACUUCAUUAGCAUUUGUCAAUACGCUGCUGAAGUAGUCUUGCAUCUGUGACAGUUUCUUAAAUUAGUUCCACAAAAAGAAAACCAACAACCACAUUUACAGAAUGUCCAUUUCCUUUGGAAUUUUCUCCAGAGUUUAAUGACUUGCUCUUUUCUCUGAAUCCAGAAAUAAAUUUACACCUCUAGUUUUGUGUUCAUGCAUUAAUUUAAUUUAAUUAUCUUUUCCCCUGUUGCCUAAUACCAUUCUGUUUAUUUGCCCUAUUCAACAUUUGAAGUUGUCCUAUUAAUGAGGACCGGAUUCAGAUUAAGUUAUUACCAUAUAGCCUAUAAUGCUAUUACAUUUUACUGGAAAUAAAUUCCAUUGAACUUAAUGAUGGUCACAUCCGAUUAGACAUGCGCAAGGACAUAUUUUUCUUUUCCUCUGAAAUGUAUGAAAUAUGGAUCAUGACUAGCUUGUACUAUCAUUUUCGAUGAUACCAAAAUUUAGUUAUUGUAGUUAUUUUACAAUGCAGUACAGCAUGUGCUUAUACAGAAGUAAGACCUACUUUGUUCAACAGAACUUAUUCUGAAAUAGGUAUCUAUAGGAUUGUUAUCUUAGUCUGGACCUAAUCCAGUUUGCAUAACUUAGAAUUUCCCUGUCACUGGACAGGGUUAUAAAAUGAACUUGAAAUGAAACACUGGCUGUUGCAUACAUUGCAUUGGUUUAGUAUUUUAUAUAAAAUGGUCAGUUAGUUUUCCUCAUAAUUGAUGCUUGGAGAUUAGCACCAAAACAUCCAAAAAUGAAGCUCAUUGGCUACUUCCAAUUAUCCCCAAGUUCUUGAUUCAGUCAUUUCAGUGAAAACCUCCCUAAUACAUUAGAAGACAAUAUAUGAGUUUGAAGGAUUUAAAAAAAAACAAAACAAAAAAAAAACAAAUCUCUUUAUAAUAUUCUCACAUAUUUCAUACAACUUGUGGCUUCUUUUUAAGAUAUUUAGUUUUUGGGGGGAGGGGAAAUAUUGUUUGUCUGUUCCUAGUGAUGGCUUCCACCAAAAAUAAUAAUAAAGAACCAGCAUCAACCAGGACUGGUACACUAUAAUAAAACAGUCCUGGAAAUAGCACUCUGCUUCCAAUAAACAUAGGAUCAGGGAUAGGAAUCCUUGAUGUGGCAUUUAACAUCCAAUCACACGUACAUCAAUCAGCCUUACUAAAAUGGUUCAAGCUUCCAAACUUUAGUAAAGGUAAAACUUUUUUAUUGAGCUUAGUUAGUGGGAAGAGCAAGUGAUAGACCACUGUAAUUUUCUGGGAUAUAUAUAUAUAUAUAUAUAUAUUCCCUGUCUAAAGCAUAACCUGGUAUUUAAACUUUACAAUAUUGUAAGAUAGCAAAUCAUAACCUUUCCUCAUACAUACACUGGAAGAAAUAUUGUUGGCCAUCCUUGCAGAAACGGAAUGACAGAGUUUUCAUAAGCAGUGAGCAAAAUACGUAUGUAAUGUUAAGGCACAAGUCAAGCGGAGAUUAGAAAGCAUGAUGAUGAGAAUAACUCGAAUAAGUUAGAAUCAUAUCUGGCUGCUUAGGGAGGCUCAGGCUGUACAAUCUUGAAGAGCAGAAGUAAUCUUCAAUCUUGCCAGUCCAAAUUGCAAUUUAGUCUAUAGAAAAAAAAGGGCACAGGGGUUUUUUUUUCUUGUUAAAAUUAACCAGACAUUUUCACCUCUUCUCAUAUCCAUUAAACUUAGAUAUAUUUGCUUGAAGGUACACAAAAGCAUAAACGUCCAGGACUCACUUUCAGAAUUUUCUAUUGUCAGUUUCGUCAGAUAAUUUUUCACAUUCAUAAGGGUGCCUAUAGCUUGAGUGAAAUAUUCCAGAAAGAAACACAGCGCCAUAGCUUAAGUUAAUCUAACUUCAGUUUUCCAGAAGGACUCCGAGCUUCAUUUAUAUCUAAUCUAUUUAAUUAUAGUCAGUUUCGUGUUUUUUUUUUUUACAAAUACACAUCGGUGAGCGAAUAUCAGAACACUGCACCACUUGUUAAUCACUUCUGCUGCUCGUUAGUCCUACAAAAUUAAUUGUAUAUAACAAGUCUAAU